AUGGAUUUUUUGGGACCCUAUCCAAGGUCAAGAAAUGGGAACAUCGGCAUUUUUGUGGUGCUUGAUCAUUUUACGAAAUAUCCCUUUGUGAGGCCGAUACGGAAAUUUACCGCUGGUGAGAUAUACGAGUUUUUGGAGACCCAGAUUUUUAACACUUUCGGUGUCCCCGAAUUUGUUGUGACAGAUAAUGGGUCACAAUUCAAAUCCAUUCUUUUUUCAAACCUGAUGUCCAAGUAUGGCAUAAAGCAUAUUUUUACGGCCGUUUACAGCCCUCAAUCGAACUCAGCGGAGAGACUCAACCGUUCAAUACUGGCUGGUAUUCGAUCGUACCUGAAAUGUGAUCAACGUGACUGGGACAAUCACCUUGGCGAUAUGGCUGUUGCUCUGCGCAGUAUGGUUCACACAAGCAUAGGAUUCUCACCAUUUUAUGUAUUAUUUGGCAAUCAGAUGGUGACUCAUGCUAAAUCCUACGAUUUAUUACGGAAUUUAGGAAAUUUGGAAAUAGAGGCCUAUGCAGCGCUUAGUGAAUGG